AUGAAAGUCCCGAGCUUGCAUCUACUUGUUGAUCAUAAUGGAAAUGUUAAUAAACGCAACCGGUUGAAUCAAACAUCUCUGCAUUGUUUAUUGGAAGCGGGAAAUGAAGUGCGUCGGAAUGAGUGUUUAACAUUAUUGUUAAAAUGGAAAGAUAAACAAACGAACGAAACAAUUGAUCUUGACGCAAGAGAUUCCGAUGACAAUACCGCACUGCACUAUGCAGCAAAGAAUGGAUUGAAAUCCUGUGUGGAAAGCUUAUUGAAUGCUGGUGCUGCGCUCUAUGUGGAGAAUCGAGAAAAGUUAACGCCUUGUGAACUUGCUGAGAAAAAUGGUCAUAAGGAUUUAGCCAUCUAUCUGGAAUCGCGAAUGAUUUUUAGCAGUAGUUGCGAAGAUUUAGAAAUCGAUGAAUCGCCAUUGACAACCGAUGAUGUUUCAUGCGGUCUACGAAUCCAAGAUUUACAAGAAGCCAAAGAUCUACUUCUUGUUGAAACAGCUGAUAUGUUACAAAUUCCAUUAUUUACUGCUGAAGCCUUGCUUCGAAACUAUGAAUGGUCAAAAGAAUACUUGCUUCAAUCAUGGAUUGAAGAUCCAAUUCGCUGUUGUGAGAUAUCCGGUGUCAAUCCUCCAUUAAGUCUUCUACAUGAACGUGGUUUGACAACCAUCGAUAUAAAUGAUUUUGAUACAGUACAUCUUUCAAAUGAAUGUGGAAUCUGCCUGAAGAUCUUCGAAAGUGGGGUAGAAAGAAUCGUUAUCUCGUGUGAUCAUCAGUUUUGUAAAGAUUGUUGGCAACAAUAUUUAACAUUGAAAAUAGUUGAAGGUUCUGUGCACAGUAUAUUCUGUCCGGCAACUGAUUGUUUUAAGUUUGUUCCAAAUGAGAUCAUCGAGAAAUGUGUUGACAAGAACAUGGCGAGACGUUAUCUCCAAUUCGAUAUCAAAGCAUUUGUUGAUUCGAAUCCAAAUUUUAAAUGGUGUCCACAUAGUGAUUGCACAUUAGCUGUUCAGUCACCGGUCUUCGAUCGUGUACAAUCAUCUCAUAUGAGAGAAUUCUCCAAGUCAGUUAAUUGUCGAAAUGGUCACUAUUUUUGUUGGGAUUGCUUACAAGAAGGUCAUGAACCAGCAUCGUGUGAAAAUUGGAAAGAUUGGUUUGACAAGAUAGCAGAGAUCAAACCGGAAGAAUUGAAAGGUACAGAAGAAGAAGAAGAGAUCGCUGCGAAUUGCUUAUGGUUGGUAACAAACUCAAAAAAAUGUCCAAAUUGUUCGAUUUCCAUACAGAAGAAUGAAGGUUGCAAUCAUAUCAAGUGCGUCAAAUGUAAAUACGACUUCUGUUGGGUCUGUUUGGAACCAUGGAAAAAACAUUCGAGUACAACGGGCGGUUAUUUUCAAUGUAACCGAUAUGAAACUGUAAAUAAAAUAAUUGCCAAAGAGAAAGAAUUGAUCACUGCUGCUGAACAACGUCAUAUACGAAUGGUUGAAUUAAACAAAUUUAUACAUUAUUACACUCGCUUCAAAAAUCAUGAGAAUUCUUAUAAACUCGAAGAACCCUUGUCGAAAACUGCGAAGGAAAAAUGCGAAAUUAUCUUUUCGAAAUCCACACAGCCAUCACAAACAAUAACGACAACAACUGAUGAAAACUCCAUUGAAUCUCAGACGAAAUUCAUCGAAGACGCGAUUAAAGAAUUGUUACGUGCACGACGUGUCCUCCGUUGUUCAUAUGUCUAUGGUUAUUAUCUUGAAAAUUCCGGCCAUAAGAAAAUGAUAUUCGAAUUCAUUCAAACGGAAUUCGAAGAAUGUACAGAAACUCUGUCGCAAAUCAUCGCCCGUCCUUAUCUUCGCACACCCAAACAUCGAAUCGUCCAAGUAACGAAAAAUGUCAAACGAAAACGUCUCGAAUUCUUAGAAACCAUUGCACGUGGUCUGAUACCGCCCGACACACCGCCCAGUUUGAAAAAGUUCUCCAGACAACGAUGGAAAUAUCUACUCAAAGACGAUGUCGACGGAGACGAUAAUGAAUUGAAAAAAGCUAUUGCCUUUUCAUUGAAAGAGCUCGAUCCGAAAAAUCCGUGGAUUGUGGAUAGAAAAGGACGACACACGAAUCUCGUGACGUUACUUGACGAAUGGCCAGAAUUAGAAAUGGAAAUGGAUUCUGGUCUCAUUUCGUGUGAUGAUGGUGCGUAUUGUAAACGUCGGAAUUGUUACAAACGUCGUGCACGAAAUCCCACAACAUCGAUUCGAUUUGAUUAUUGCUCAUUGAAAUGCUUACGUCUUGACCGUACUGAACAAUUAGAAAAAGAAGAAAGAGAAAUGGAGCAAAGUUUAGCACCAUUGACGAACUCAUCAGCGAUGAAUACAAAUUCGAUGACCACGAGUACUUCAACAAACGAUUCAGCAUCAGAGCCACAAAAUUCUGAUGAUAAUUCAUCCUCGAUUGUUGUCGUUGCACCUCCAAAUGACGUGAUGGAUCUACUUCGAGCCAUUGAAAUGAGUCGUUUACAAGCAGUUCGUGAAAAUGAACAGAACAUCUAUCGGCCCAAUCAAACGAAUUCAACCAAAAAUCCAAACGAUAAAAUCAAUUAUUUCAAUGAUCUACAACAAACAAUUGAAUUAUCAUUACGAACCAAAAAUGAACAAUCACCAGCAACAACAAUAUGUGACGAAUCUCAUGAAGACGAUGCGCAAUCAGCUGGUGCGGCGGCAGUUGCUGCAACAAUGCCAAGCUUAGAUCUCUUCAUCGAGGACAAUGCUGCCACGUUGAAUUCAAUCAUAAUGAAUUUACAGUCGGCAGUUGAGAAAGAUAGUACCUACGAAAAAUCGAAAAUCGUCGAUUUCGAUAAUAAAUACAAUGAAUUAAAGGAAAAUCUGAAGAAACCAAAUGAAUUAAAAGAAUACGAAGAUUUCGAUUUGAAAUGUAUCGAAACAUCGUUCCAUCAGCAACAAACCGAAAUACGAAGAAAAACAAGCAAUAAACGAAACAAAGAUGUCAUUGUACCAUUAGAUACAAAUGAAACAUCUAUGGUCGCAGCAGCGGCAGCAAGUUCCAUGCCAAAUAGUGUACGCAGUCCAUUACAGCGAAAACGUGCAAAUAUCGAACUCGACAUUCGACCCUGUGGCCCGAAUGAAAGCUUUAAUAAUCGAACAUUAUUAGUUCGACAUGAGAAUCAACCAUAUGAACAUUCGUGGCUGAAUGAAUCUAUUUCAAUGUCAACAACUCGUGCCAUUGUUGAACGACGUCCGAUAACACCAUCCGAUGAUGAAUCCAGUUUUGUUUAA